AUGCGUGGUAGUAGCAAGAUUAAAAACCAGACCGUAUCAAUGUGUGUUGCUAGUACUGGACGACGUUGGCCUGACUUGUUGCGUGAAUUAUCAAAGAUUCAGAUAGCAGGAGGUCUUCAUGAACGUUGUGAUUUUUUUUGUUUUGAUGUUAAUUCUGAUACGAAUUCUACUCAAUUAACACCGUUUGCUGAAAAGCAAUUUUAUGCCAAUAUGUACGAUGAUUUAUUGUCUUCUUCGUCAGUGGAAAAUAAACUGAACUAUUCACUAACUCAAAUUUUUUUUAUUAUAAAACUAUUUGGCUCUAGAACGUUUAUUUGGUCGAGAGAAGCGUUUUCUUUUAUACAACCUCGAUUAAAUGAACUUAAAACGAAUAAACCAUGUCAGCUUAUUCGAAACACAACGAUAUUUCAAACAAAACAACACAUGGCUAUUCGACGUCGCAGUGCUGAACAUGUCGUACGCUAUGCGUGUCUUAUUCAAAUGUUCUUAAAUAGCUUAUUUGUUUUAAAAUCGAUGAAUGACAAUAUAAUUAAGGACAAUAAUGGUGGUCUUAAUGAAGCAUUUGAAAUUGAAGCGAAACAUAAAAUAAAAAAUGCAUUUGGUACAGCUUUAGCACGUGAAGAAGCUUUUCAUCAAAAUGGUGUACCAAUUGAUCCAUUGGAAAUAUUUGAAGAUGCUCCAAUAUUACCACCGAAUUGUCAUUUGACAUCUUAUGAUGCUCAAUUUAUUCGUAAACCUCAAUAUGAAUCAAUUAUAAAUCAAAAAAAUAAUGAUGAUUCGAAUACAUCUGAUGCUGAUGUUAAUGUUGACAUAGAUACCGAUACUAAUGCUGCAUCUAAUCAACCGUUAUUAAACUGUUUAGCAGGUUCAAAUGGUAAUAAUGACGAUGAACACGAACAACCAAUAUAUGAAUUUAAUAGCAUCAUGCAGAAUUCAUCAAUAAUUGAUUUAGUUCAAUCAAACAGAAGUAGAACCAAUGCUCAUCACGAUUUGGGAAAGAUUAAUGAUAUAGAUACAAAUUCAAAUAAUUCCCAUACACAAUAUUUAUCAUCAUCAACAAGUACCGGUAUUUAUUUGUUUACCAUUUUAGAUAGUCGACUCUCUAAUUCAUAA